UCCCCUGCCACCCACACCGAAGCUCUUCCAAGUUCAUUAUUUUAACCAAUUUUCGCCUACAAAAGACUCCAAGUCUUCCUUUCCAAGAAUCGUGCACCGUUCACACCUUACUGACUUAGGCUCCUUCAAAGCUACGAUUUUCUUUGCCCGCCGCAGCCAUGUCUUCUCCCCAGGACCGCUUUCAGCACUGUAUCUCUCAGCUCGACAAAGAGCUCUCCAAAUAUCCCGCGCUCAACAACCUCGAGAAACAGACAUCGGUACCCAAGGCUUACGCCGUUCUCGGCGUGGGGGCGCUCUACUUUUUCCUCAUCAUCUUCAAUCUCGGCGGUCAGCUCCUGACCAACAUCGCGGGUUUCAUCAUUCCCGGAUACUACUCGCUUGGCGCUCUGUUCUCUGCGGAUAAGGCUGAUGACACGCAGUGGCUGACCUACUGGGUCGUGUUUGCCUUGUUCACUGUGGUUGAGAGCCUCGUCAGCGUUGUCUACUGGUUCCCCUUUUACUACACCUUCAAGUUUGUCUUCCUCCUGUGGCUGUCGCUGCCGGCCUUCAAGGGUGCCGACAUUGUCUUCCGCUCAUUCCUGGCCCCCACCCUGGGCCGCUACUUCCACACCUCCAGCUCCACCGCCAGCGGUCUCCGCGCGAAGGCCGACUCCCUCCACACCGAGUAAACGAUGCUCGCGUCCUUGACCUCGGGCCCAUCUGGUGCAAGAUAAAGCGUAUGGCUUUAAGUGUGGCCUGAUCAGGAGUGUGGAGGCCGGAUGGUUGAUGUGGCAUACUGGUUUUUCUGACGUUGGAUAUCUGAAGUUUCAGGACCACAUUAAUCAUCGGUAGUGGAACAAAUCAUUUAAAGGAUUUUAGUGGCGAGUGUGGAGGAUCAAUUCCUUACCGCAUAGCCGAUGGGGGAAGGGGGCUGAAGCUGGCGAGAACCUCACUUGAAUAUCUCAGCUCUCCUUGUGGCAGUUAGGGUCUUCUCGGGAUGUUUGUACUGCGUGAGGCAGCUCGAGGUUGAGGUUUCUAUAGAGUCGUUAUGAGACGUCUUUGAGGAUCUCAGUCUUUUGAUUUUGCUCCCUCUUCCCAUCCCUUCGUGAAAAGUCUGGGCCAUGCUGGACCACAGUAACUGGCAGAUCAAACAGCCAGUACAAGGCAGGACAAAGGGGGCAAUUGCAGGUGUCAGUUUCAUGUCCAAAACC